AUGCUGGUACCACUAGCGAUGCUGCUGUCGAUCUCUCUGCUGGUGCUGCUGGUACCAUUGUUGCUGAUGUUGCUGGUACCAGUAGUACCACCAGCUGUACCUAAGGAAGCAGCAGCACGAGCGGUGUUGGUACUACCAACACCAGCAGCAAGACUAGCAGAUCUAAUCUGCAAGUAUCUGUGUGAGUUUGAUAAUUUGAUCUGGUUUUGUGAUAACUGCAAACAAGUAGGAAACUCUAGCGUCACUAAAUCGCAGCUGGAUGUUAAUAGUGACAGAAAUUCGCAUAUGUUGAUACUGCAAAAAGAAAUCGAAUGUCUUAAUAGAGAGAAAGAUAUCCAGGCUAAAUUAAUUAGUGAACUCGAGUCUUCCUUGGAGUUACAUAAAUUCAAAUCCGGUACGUUACAAAAAGAGCUCAGUGAGGCAAAAAGUGCUAUUGCUCCAGUAAAAAAUAUUGCUAGCACGAACACGUAUAGUCAGGUAUUACAGAAAAAUGUAAAGAAUGAGAAAAAUGUAGAAUCGUCUGUUUUACUAGUGAAAUCAGCUGAUAGGAAUAAUAGAGAUGAUGUGCUACAAGUCUUGUCAAAAACGAUUAUUCCUUCUCGUUUAAAUAUAUGCAUUAGCGGCUCUAAGAAAAUUAAAGAAGGGGUUGCUGUGUACUGCAAGGGAGAUGACGAUGUGGCAAAACUAAAAAAUGCUGUCAAUGGUCAACUAAAUGGCCGUUUGACUGCCAACGAGUUGAAAAAAUACAACCCCCGUCUGCUAGUAAAAAAUGUGAAUUUCUCUGAUGAUAUCAAGGAUGACAAGAUGUUAAUUGAGAACAUCGUGGGAUUGAAUGACAUGGAUGAUCAUGCGGAUUUAAAAGUUAUCACCAAAAUUGAAAGAACUCGUCAAAUAGUUCUGGAAGUAUCCCCUGAUUUACGCAAGAAGCUUCUAACACGAGGCUAUGUCUGGUUGGGUUGGAGAAAGUGUCCCAUUGUUGAUCAUCUGCGGAUAACCCAGUGCUUCAGAUGCUGUAAGUUCGCGCAUAUUGCUAAGCAAUGCAAAUCGUCUACCUCUGCAUGCAUCAAAUGCUCAAGAGAUCAUAUGGCAAAUCAGUGCGAGGUCGCAAGUGACCAGGACAGGUUGUCUCGUGGUGGUGGUUGUGGUGUUUAUAUUAGACAAGACAUACGUGCUGAGAUUAUUGAUGAUGACGUCACGCUCAACACAGUUCCGUUUUUAGAGCAGCUAUGGGUAAAAUUAAGGAUUGAUCAGCAUGAUUUUGCUGUAGCAAAAUCCGGAAAACCGCAUACUAUCGGAGAGAAGUUAAUUUUGCCAGCCGUUGAUGAGGUUUUAAAAACUGUUCUACACAAACCUGCAUCUGAUAUCAAUAAAAGAAUUCCCUUAAGCAACAAUACUGUUGAAAGACGUAUUGAUGAAACGACUUCUGAUAUUGAAAGGUUCUUAUGUAAUUAUUUGCAAACGACCCAUUUCUCUAUACAACUGGACGAUUCAACUUUACCUGAUAAUGCAGCGUAA